CAGGCUCUCAACAAAAGGGAAUCUCGGAGGGUUCCGGCACUUGUUGUGCAUAAAAACAAGGCCUUUGAGAUUGGCUAAUGCUGGCAACGUUGUGCAUGCAACAAAGUCAAGUCACGUCCAAGCAGAAGGCCAGUCAGCCGUCAGCGUUUCGCGCGUUUUCUGUAUUUACCGCAGCAGAGUUUGCAGCGACCUCCGUUGUGGUAUUUUGUUCCUCGGAGGCAUGCCCUCGGAAUCGGAAAAAGGAGGUGAUCAAUAUGCAGUCGUCAAGUUUCCAGAGGAAGGCAACUCUGUGGCUCUUGUACAUACCAAGUGGCUGCAUGGCGAUGUCUGCUUGUGGCCACAGGAUUCCAAGAAUGUUUCGUAUUUAGCAAAAUGUGGAGCCUCUCCAUCCUCCAACUGGCAAGUCGUGCCAUGUGUGCCCAUAGACACAUUCAGAACAUAUGAUGCAGCGCGACAAAAGCUCAAGCAAGCUGAAGAUGGGUCAGACUUGGGGAGUGAAGUGGACCUGGGACGGGGCAAAAGAAAAAAGCAACGAAGAGCCCUUAGCUCAAGUCCGGAAAGUGUGCAGCGACUACCACUUCCACCGCCCUCUAUGAUGAAAAAAGCACAGAAGAGGGAUGGGAGACGUAUUCACAAGCAGUCAUCACAUGCAUCAACAUCUAGGGCUAAUGAUCCCAAUGUUUGCAGUGAUCAAGGCGCAGUGCAAUGUGCACAAAUGUGUGCUAGCGAGACUUCAGAAUCUGAGGGUGAGGCUGAGUCUGGAGGUGAACAAGAUGCAAUGCAAGAAUCAUCAGGCAUUAAAAGAUCGUUCACAGCUCACUCUUUGAUGAAAAGAGCAAGCCAAAUGGGAAAUACACAGUGCAACAAUGAGAAGUGGCAUUCAAGUCAGUCUGUUGCACCUAUUUCAGAUGAUGGCAUUAAGCAGGUCAUCAGGCUUCUACAAACGGUAAUCUUGAGAGUCGAGCACCUGGGAAGCCAACUAGACGUAAUAAAAGCAAAGCUUUGUGACCAACAACUGCAGCCUGAAGCAGAUUUGUUAGAAAAACCAUUUUGUGACAUCACGGAGUUCGAACUGUUUGAUCAAGGCCUCUCAGAAAGUGAUGCAAUGAAGUCAAAGUUGGUACGGGAACUCGCUGCCUUAGGAGGAAGAAAUGUUAGUUUGUCUACGCGUCGCAUUCUUGAAGCCCUGAUGACCCAGGAAGUGGCUGUUCAAUAUAGUUGGCUCGGACAAAAAGGAAAGAAGAAGUUCUUGUCGUUGACAACCUGCGACUUGAUAUAUAAAAGUGUUAAGUGCACAUUUGAAACUGUAAAAAGAAGUGAAGUUGAGGACGUUGUAAAAACGUGGCUCAGACACGCUGGGGAGAAGCUUAGAAAGAAUAACAAACAGUCUGAAAAAGUCACAGGUGAGUAUUUCUUCUGAUAGGUUCUCGUAAUUAUUAAAUUUAGGUUUCCACCUAAUAACAUUUAACUAUUAAAUAUAAUUCAAAGGUUUUCCUGCAGCUGAUCUGAUAAGUGCUUAAAAAUACAAUCUGAAACAUGAUUAUGUUGGGCAGUUUAACAUUAUUUAGUGGGAUAAGCAUCCAGGCUACAGGUUUUUUUAUGCUGGUACUCUUCUGUUUGCAUGAAGUGUCCACUUGCCGUAUUUAUUCGAGGAGAAGGCGGGGCAUUUUUUCUGAAAUCCUCAGUCUAGAAGUUACCCCUUACCUUAUAUGCGACGCUGAUAGAUUAAGUGACUUAUUCAAUAUGGCGGUAGCGGUGCCACAUCUCUGGUGAUCCUAAUUUUAGACAUCAGCGAGAGGUGUAGCAACUAAUAAGCUUUGGCAGGUGAGCCAGUAUGGUAUUCUGUGCGUACAUUCCAUACUUAGUAUUUGAAAAUAAAAUUUAAUAAUGAAGAUGAAGUGUGGGUUUACGUGAAUUUCUCCUUCAAAUGUGGCUUCUGUGGCAGCACGCACCACACUGCUAGGAUACGACACCAUAAGGCAACAUCCGCAUAUAAUCCCAACUGGUCAUUCAGUUUAUUCUGCUAACUUUCACCGCCGACACC